UGUGGCUGAUGUAGGAAGCCAGAGCGUAAAUUCAGUUUUUACCAAAUUGGAAUCGCGGGAAAAGGAGAGGAGGUGGUUUGAAAGUAUCGCGAGAUCGAGUGAGUUAGGCCGGCCAGGGUAAGGUUUCUCGCGAUAGAUUUAGCAAAAGUUCAGGGGUGGGAAGCGUGGUGAGAACUCUCGCGAGAUCUGAAGAUACCACCGCAGCGGCGGCGGCGGCGGCCCGAGAAAAUAGGAGAGGACCGGAAGUCCUUCAUCUUGAGCGUCCAAUGCUGGAAGCGGCCUGACACUUUUUGCCGGAAACCCCUUUUCCUGGGAAUAGGAAGACGGUCCACCUGGCCGGAAGUCCCACCUCCCUGAAUUCCCCCACCCUUCCAGAAGUUUUUCUGUCACCUGUGCUUGCCUUCAUUCCUUUUCCCCAUUUUAUCCACAUACCAAAAAAGGAUACGUUUCGUGUCCACCUCCCAACUCCACUAAGCGGGUUGGAUCGCUCACUCCCCGAGUAGGGGCGCUUUCCCCGCGCCCCCAUGUAGCUGGAAAGUGGGACCUGGGGGUAGUUAAACCCCUGGGGCCCUGAAGGAGAGGACACAGAGCGCCGCUUCUGCUCCUGCCAGGACGAGGCCUCUUCAGCCUCUCCCCUCCUGCUGCCAUGCACCCCGCGGCCUUCCCGCUUCCUGUGGUGGUGGCCACUGUGCUGUGGGGAGCGGCCCCCACCCGUGGGCUCAUUCGAGCGACCUUGGACCACAAUGCCAGCAUGGACUUUGCAGACCUCCCAGCGCUCUUUGGGGCUGCCUUGAGCCAGGAGGGACUUCAGGGGUUCCUUGUGGAGGCUCACCCAGCCAAUGCCUGCAGCCCCAUUGCCCCACCACCCCUAGCCCCGGUGAAUGGGUCAGUCUUUAUUGCACUGCUUCGAAGAUACGACUGCAACUUUGACGUCAAGGUUCUCAAUGCUCAGAAGGCUGGGUAUGGUGCUGCUGUGGUACACAACGUGAAUUCCAAUGAACUUCUGAACAUGGUGUGGAAUAGUGAGGAAAUCCAGCAGCAGAUCUGGAUCCCAUCUGUGUUCAUUGGGGAGACAAGCUCCGAGUAUCUGCGUACCCGCUACGUCUACGAGAAGGGGGCUCAGGUGCUUCUGGUCCCAGACAAUAGCUUUCCCUUGGGCUAUUACCUCAUCCCUUUUACAGGGAUCGUGGGACUGCUGGUAUUGGCCAUGGGAGUAGUGAUGAUAGUUCGUUGUAUCCAGCAUCGGAAAAGGCUUCAGAGGAAUCGACUGACCAAAGAACAAUUGAAACAGAUCCCUACCCAUGACUAUCAGAAGGGAGAUCAGUAUGAUGUCUGUGCCAUCUGCCUGGAUGAAUAUGAGGAUGGGGACAAACUGAGGGUGCUUCCCUGUGCUCAUGCCUACCACUGCCGCUGUGUGGACCCCUGGCUCACUCAAACCCGGAAGACCUGCCCCAUCUGUAAGCAGCCCGUUCAUCGAGGUCCUGGGGAUGAAGAGCAGGAGGAAGAAGCUCAGGGGCAAGAGGGUGAUGAGGAAGGGGAACCAUGGGACCACCCUGCCUCAGAACGGACCCCACUUCUGGGCUCCAGCCCCACACCCCCCACCUCCUUCGGCUCUCUAGCCCCAGCUCCAUUUGUUUUUCCUGGGUCUUCAACAGAUCCCCCACCCACUCCUUCCACCUCAUCUGCCAUCAUAAUCUGAUGCUCCCCCUUUCCCUCUCCCGGUGAACUAUUUGCACAGCCCCUCUUCUCUCUAGUCUCUUAUGUUCAGUGGUGGGGGUUCAUUUCUGCCCCAGGCUUCUUCCUUAGCCAACCCCAUCCUUUUUGAGUGGGUUGGAAGUGUAAAGGGACUGGAUCUUCACUUACUGGGUAAAUAAAAUUGUUUUUGUGGAUUAAGGAAAGAUGAGGUUAUUAAACAGGUAAAAUUA